CAAACCCAAUGCUAAGAAUAAACUUCAGUGAUCUACAGAGAUCUGAAUUGAUUUAAAAAACGUUUCCAUUGGUGCUAACGUUAGCACACCAUCUAGAUCACUCAAGUGACCGCGAAGUGUAUUCCAAUAUUUGAAUAUUUCUUUACGGCCAAGUGCCACAUCAGCAUAUCGUAUUUUAUCAGCUUCCUAGCUGACUUACUAGUGACUGCAUUUACAGUUGUGUAUUGUAGAUAGCCGAAGCCUAGACAGGCAGAAUGCCACUUUGUAGAUUCAGGGAAUGUGCGUGGGCGGCGACAUGUCACAUUGCUUACCCGCCUUUGUGCGCACGUGUAGAGCUUUGGAUCCAGGUAUAUCAGGCUGACACUGAGGAAAUGUGUGUUAGACAGCAGUUACGAUUGGUUAUAACUUAUAAUUUAAUAUAACUUGGCUAAUCACAGAACGUGAUUUUAUUAUCACGUACUGUGAUUGGACUGUCAUAUGCUUAAUAGCAAACCUAGUUCCAUAAGUUAGCAUUAUUACUACAGUAUUUGUUGCGCAAUCAUUUGGACUUUGAAAGCCUUAAGAUAUUUUAAAGUAACGUAAACAAACUACCAGGGCAGAUUAGCUGACUAGUUACACUGAUUUAAGAGCAAAGAAAGUCAAAAACAUACUGUCGUGGGAAGGUCAACGCUACCUCGGAGACGCUGUGGGGCCCACGUGACCGUUGAUGGCGUCCGGCAGACUGGAGUGACGGUGUCCAUGGGGGUGGUUGCCACCAUGGAGCGCGAGGGCCAGCGGGGGGAGCAGGGGCAGGCGGUGCUGCUGCCCGGGGUGGACCCUCGAAAGAAGCCCUACGUGUGCGGGUCGUGUGCGGCCUUCUCCAACAUCGUCAUCACCUUCCCCAUCCAGAAGGUCCUGUUCCGGCAGCAGCUGUUCGGCGUGCGGGCGGGCGAGGCCGUGACCCAGCUGCGGCGGGACGGGCUGCGGAACCUGUACCGGGGCCUGCUGCCGCCCCUGCUGCAGAAGACCACCACGGUGGCGCUCAUGUUCGGCCUGUACGAGGACUUCUCGCGCCUGCUGCCCCGCCACGCGGGGGCGCCAGAGCUGCUGACCCGCAGCCUGGCGGCCGUGCUGGCGGGCACCGCCGAGGCCGCCUUCACGCCCUUCGAGCGCGUGCAGACGCUGCUGCAGGACCCCCGGCACCACGGCCGCUUCCACAACACCUUCCACACCUUCCGGACUCUUCUGCGAGACCACGGGGUGCGGGAGUGCUACCGCGGCCUGGUGCCCAUCCUGCUGCGCAACGGGCCCAGCAACGCCCUCUUCUUCGGCCUGCGGGGGCCGAUCAAGCAGCGGCUGCCCGAGGCGCAGUCGCCCGCCGCCCACCUGGUCAACGACUUCAUCUGCGGCGGGCUGCUGGGCGCCAUGCUGGGCUUCCUGUUCUACCCGCUGAACGUGCUGAAGGCGCGCAUGCAGGCGCAGGUGGGCGGAGCCUUCGCGCCCUCGCGCGCCGUGCUGCUCACCAUAUGGCGCGAGCGCGACGGCAAGGUCACCCACCUGUUCCGCGGCGCUCACCUCAACUACCACCGCUCCAUCCUGUCCUGGGGCAUCAUCAACGCCACCUACGAGCUGCUGCUCAAGGUCAUGUGACCCCGGGGGGGGGGGGGUGUCACACACACGCCAUCUGAGAAGGAAAGAGAAUGUGAAAACUGUAUGUGAGCGCACGCUGAUGAUGUAAGCACACAUCAUCAGUGAGGGACGGGAGGCGGGUGUCGUUGGUGUUGCACUGGUAAUGAACCCCCAACCACUGGUCCAGCAGCAGUGUUGGGGUGGUGUUGGAGGGGGGUGGGUCAGCGACUGCACGGUUGGAGAGGUGUUCAUCUCUGACUACAAACCCAGCUCAGCAAAGGCCCAGAGUCCCGUUGGCAGUGCAUUAUGGGCACUUAGGGAGCAGGUGAGCGGAGAGUCCUGCAGGAUGGGAGUGUUUCUGUGCUGAAGCUCUUCACUCCUGAAGGAAACGGAGGCUGUGGCUGCAGAGCACACGGAUCAGCGGGGCUCUGGGCACCGGGCCGAGCAUCGUCACACAUCCUGGGUUUCAGGAGCAAAGAACUGAUUCUUCAAAAACCUUUUUUUAAAGAAUAUGGGCCGAAAUGUUUAUUUUCCUGUUGAUUUUCUUAUGUAGAACGUAGUAGUCAGAGAUUUUUGUGUUACUGUUGUCUUUCUUUGACAUUGAUCUCAGCUUAUAAGCCCAAAUCCAAAUUAUGCUGUCCGUGUGCAUUAAAAAAGUGUAAAAACUUCCAUAGCUUGAUGUUGUAUGUGUGGCUGCAUUUGUGCGCAUUGCUGGACCUCCGUGUGGAGGCAAAGGCCAGAACUGCUGCAGCCAGAGAGCUCAUCCUGCGCUCGGCUUGCCCUGCAGAAUCAGAUCUGGCUCCGUUUUCUGCUUCUCGAUGAGAGCGUGAAGCAGAAGCUGCCGUCUGCACCUUUAAACGGGGGAAGGUGCAGUCACAAAGGCCGUUCGGCCAUCUUUAAGUGGCCAGCCUGUUGAAGCACAGAGGGUCUGAAUUACUAAGACCUUUAACACGUAACCUUAUAGCACACACAAAACUAGUAACACAGCCAAGGCAUUAGUUCUGCUUUGAUCUUUGGUUGUGUUGCUGGUUUUGCAUGUGCUAAAAGGUUUUGCUAAAGGUCUCAGUAAAUCAGGCCCAGAGUGUUGCAGUGUUGUCUGAGGACUGAAGGCUUGAGUACUUGUUUCCUGACUGAGCAUAUUAGCUUCCAUUUCCUUUCACCAUUCCAUGCCCCUUCAUUAUCAUCCUUCUUUUUUCCCUUUUAAUCUGCAUGGGAAGCACAUGGGUGGGGUUUGAAAAGAAGGACGGAAUGGAGGAGGGGAGGAGGAUGCAGGGUCUGAAGACAGGCGGGCUGAUUUUAGUCACCUGUUUUUAAAGCCUCUAUGGCGUAAGCUUACGGAUGUUACAGCCUCCUCCUGAUUGGCUUACGGACAUUAUAGCGUAAUCCUCAUUGGCUUACGGAUGUUACAGCAUCCUCCUGAUUAUCUUACAGAUGUUGAAGCGUGCUCCUGAUUGGCUUACAGAUGUUACAGCAUCCUCCUGAUUGGCUUACGGAUGUUACAGCAUCCUCCUGAUUGGCUUACGGUUGUUACAGCAUCCUCCUGAUUGGCUUACGGGUGUUAAAGUGUGCUCCUGAUUGGCUUAAGAACUUUACAGCAAAUCCUACUGUAGAGUGGAAUCUGACUGGUUUGGCUGUUUCUCUGGAGGAGCUUGUGUGUAAGUGUGUAGGUGUGUAAUGUUCAAGUGCACCCCCCUCCGUUAAUGUGGCCCCACAACUCUGAUCUGGGGAGACUGUGCCAUGCAAGGGGAAAAGAACAGCACUGACUGACUUUUACUUAAAAAGGAGGAAUAAAUGUAAAAUAUGAAUCCGAGCUUGUAAUUCUGCAACCAUCCAAUGGUAUUAUGUGACUAAUCUGGUGGGGAGAGGGAACAUGGUGCCAUUUUGUGUCAAGAGUAUGUUAAUUACUGGGAACAUGUGGGAGGGACCUCGGGUGAAACGUCCAAUAAAAGGAGUCCACUAAACUCCGCCAUGCAUAAUGCAGGAGUUCAUAAUGCAUUAACUUUAUGUUUUUUUAUGAUUGUAUAUACUUGUCAUUACACGGUGGAUUAUGAUGUCACCUGCUGUUCAGUACAGACCACCUCAGUGAGAGACAGUCAAAGUUCAGCUCAGACUUUUGGCUUAGAGAGGUUUUGAGAUGUUUGGAGAGAUGGUACAUAAUGAAAAAUGAUUAUAUCUGUGUGUGUGUGUGCAUAUAUGUAUUUAUGCAAGUACAAUCAACACUAUUUGCAGUGGCUAAAAUGAAGUCAUUUAAAACGGGAUGGAAAAUCUCUGCUCAUAAAGGCCGUGGGAAAUAAGCGGGGCAUUCGCUGGCAUUUAUCUGCUUGUGUGAUCGCUCUGUUUUUGCUGGAAAAAUGUUGGCUCUAUUUUUCGGACAAUAAAUGGGUUGUCAGUUUCGCAGACGUUAAGCUCUGUUUAUUGUGUUGGAUACUCUGUGCAGCUGUUUGUCAGUGGUUGGUGUUGGAGGCCUUGCCUGUGUAGACAUUAAGAGUACUCUGAGGUCUUGGGCCUCUGGCCCUUAGCAAGUUAUUUAACGUCUUGUGCUGCCAGCCAAAAAUGCAAAUCAUACAUGGAAUUUUCUGUUCCACUUUACAGAAGAGAGCCGGUGCAUUGGUCCCUCAUAGUGAUACCAGUACCCAAACAAGCCAGCUGUAACCAAGCCCGUAUCACUGCCAGCACUGCAUCAUGGGUAGACAAAUGCUCUUGCUUAACAGGCCAGCAGAUGGUGCACAUCUCCAUGUAAACUCUGCUUUUUCCUUGAGAAACUACAUUCGUUUUCAUGCAGGUAUGCAGAGUAAGCAGAUUUACACAGCCUGAAAUGCCAAACGGUAAAAUUAAGGACCACAUUUACUUCUAUAUUCACAAAUAUUGAAAGAGAGAGUUAUUCACGUAUAACACAAAAGCCUUCAUGUAAGCAUGUAUUGUAUAUUCAUUACAAUAUAGGUUUCUUUCACAAAUGUCAUUUCAUAAUUUCCAUGAAACUGUACCAUAAUAUGCUUGGGUGCAUACUUUCCUUUCUUUUUGUAUGGGAUGGAAAACAAAAAGUACACUUUGUUUCCAGUGUAAAUUAUCAUAAUAAAAGUGAUUAUUGAACUGAUUGAUUUCUAUAUUGUACACAGUUAAAAUGAUUGUGGGUUUCUCAUUUGACAAGGCUGAAACAUAAAUGCAAAUUGGCUGAUUCAUAUUAUAUAUAUUAUAUAGCUAUGAUCUAAUCCUGAAAUCAACUACUUGAUCCUUUUUAGCCCAUAGUCGUGUUGGAUAACGAAUAACCCUCAACUAAACUAAUUGCUAUUUUGGCUUGUUUCAUGCCAUGUUGUUUUUUGUAAUAAAAUAAUUAUAUCGCAUCAAAUACCUGAGUUCACACACCAUAGCUGUGGCCAGUGUCUUCUGCAUUCUCAUUGAAAAAGCCAUUUGAGCUGAUGCUUAAAUUAACAGGUUACACUGCAGCCAGAUCUUGUGACCUAGCAGAACCAUUUGAGCCUGUACUCUGUUGUUUUUCUGUUGGUGGCCCAUAUCUGAAAAUUGCCACCGUCUUACUGAUGAUUAUAAUCUGUGUACUUCUCAUUCGAGUUCAUAAACAAUGGCACUUGAUUGUGCAGAUUGUGGAAAGUUGGACACAGAAAAUUCCUUUAUGGUUUUCCAGACCAGCCAGAUUUGACUGCCAGUUCUCCUUCCGUAAGGAGUCAGCUGCGCCCAAAGUCAUUAAUCAGCAGUGUGUUCAGAUGCAUAAAAGUAUGUAACAGAUUUGUUAAAUUGUAUAUUUGGCAUGAUUAAGGCCAGUUUCUCAUAUAAUCAUAACUUCACACAAACAAAUAUGCUACAGUUCUCAAUGCUUACUUGUGCCAGAACAGCCCUGCAGUGUUUCUGUAUUUAAUACCUUGCUGAAGAGCAAUGAGAUUAAAGAGGUUCCCUCUGAGCGUGCAGACUAAUGGAGGUCCUGUCAGGUUAUAUAUAGUCUGAAUGGAAUCGUGGCACUAGCAGGCUUUUACCGUCUCUGAGCGUGGGUACUGAACGCGGUGUUCUCCGAGCGUGGGUACUGAACACGGUGUUCUCCGAGCGUGGGUACUGAACGCGGUGUUCUCUGAGCGUGGGUACUGAACGCGGUGUUACUGCAGGGGUGCUUUUAUCGGGGUGCGCUCACCUGUCCUGCAGAUUCAGCGCUGGCUGAGCCCCCACCAGCUUGCCACAGCCGGCCCUGCUCCUGGCACUCCUGUUGCCAUCGGAGACAAGGCUGGAAAUGUGUUAAAUAUUUACAUUAUUUUACAUAAUACAAGUGUCUUGGACGACAAAAACAUUUUAAAGUGAAAAUAUUUUCAAAAAUACUAUUUAUUUUAUUUCAAUUGAACAUCUCUCUUAGUGCAGGUAGUGGAAUAUACGAUAAAGACCAGAGACUCAUGUCCACCGCAGAGGACAAAAAUGAACUUCUGGGUCUUGGGAGGAUGUGGGGUUUGUGGGAGUUGGUAAAUGUGGCUGUUCUCCCAUGACCUGAAUAAAUACUGAACCCCCAUAAAUGUGGCUGUUCUCUCCAGAGCUGAAUAAAUAGUGAAACCCCAAGCAGCUUUUGGGACACUGUUUCUGAGGGCCUCCUAACCCUUUAGGGACCUGGGGUCCCAAUCUUUAAUGAUCCCGUGGCAGUUAUCAGUAAGAGAAGGGGGUAGCAGACCGGUAAGUGCAAGCACAGCACUCUGACCCAGGUCAUACAGACGUUCCCUCUUCAUUCGAGCUACAGUAACAGCAUAAUCCCUUAUUUUCUCCAGACUGAGGCAUGUUGCUUACUAUGCUAUAUUGGGCUUCAGUUGAUAAACUUCAGCUGUGAAUCUGAAGUUCAUACUGGGAGUCUGAGACUAAGAGCUUCUCUCACUGCCAUAGGAAGAGAGAGGUUUUGCCAGUGGAACUCAUCCCUUGUUAAAUUACAAAAUCAUUUGUUUGACUGCCAGUGCUUUCGUGUGCCUCGUCUCCCCAAAGAAAACGCCCCUGAACCCUUCCUUGGGUGGAUAUUAAACUUGCACUUUACGUGUGUGGCUAUUUCCUCAAGUCAACACUGCCCUGCUGCACUGUAGUACUGGUGCACUGAGCUCAGCUGGUUUGAGACUGUGGGAUCACUUCUGCGUGGCACAGUUCAGUCCUGCACAGUUAAGUCCUGCACAGUCCUCGUGUUUCUGAUUGUCCUGGUACCACAGCGCAGAGCCUCUUUAUAUUAGCUGUUCUCGUAAUAAAUUUUACCUGCCCUUAUCUUUCAUGCACUGCCACCUUAAAUGGAAUUUCCUCUUUGAACUUUCUCUUUGAUCAAAAGGAACAUUUAAAGGAUUUUGUUGAGUCAUAAAACCAGAAUGUAUAUCCUGUUAUUAAUGUGGUGUGCAUGUGUGUUAUGAGAAAUGCCUUAAUCUGUUGCUGCAUGGCGCUGUAAAGCUUUAUACAUUCUGAUAUUUGCAUGUACAAUCAAGGCAUUAUGCACCAUGUAUGAAUGAUUUCAAUGUGUUUGUGAUUCACUCCCUUUAUUGACUGAAAGUAAAGUUUUUCCUACGU